AUGAAUGGCUGAUUGAGUGGGAGUGGAAGAACGAGAUAAAAAAAACAAAGAAGAAAGACAGGGCUGAUAAAUUAAGGAAGGAAAAGAAUGGUGAGCAGAGCUGCAAAUGUGUAAGGGAGGGGAUCUGUAGGGUGAGUAUAGACGAGAGCACCACAAGGGAGGGAAUUACUACUGUCACUCCUGUUCAGACCCACCUGGAACAACCAGAACAGCUGUACACCUAGUCAAAGGAAAAGAAAAGGACUCAGUUAAGCCUAGCUGUGGGACGGAAAUACUGUUGGGCAAGCUGCAGCAUUGCUAAGCAGGUGAAGUCGGAAGCGUGUACGCUAGAGGAAGUACCACAGAGAUGAUGUCUGGGAGACGAAAUCAGUGUCGUCACCCCCUCUUUGAUGACUCAGAGGAAGCCAAUGGGAACCAUGCAGAUAAUGGACCAGAACCAGAACCUGAGGAACUGGAUUGGGAUAGCUAUAGCACCACACUGGAGCACAGAAUAGCAGCUGAGCAGGAGAGUGCCCAGGUAUCUGAACAUCGCUGUGCCCAACUGGAGAAGGCAAGGUGUGAGCUGGAGCGGCAGCUGUCGGGCCUCUCAGACCGUCUGGAGGAGGAGGAGGCCUGCUCAGCCCAGCUGGCCCUUCACAGAGACAGGCUGGAGGCCGAGUGCAGCAGCCUCAGACGAGACCUGGAAGAGCUGGAGAGCGCUCUGACUGUAGCCGAAGAGGAUAAACAGCUGUCACACAGUGAGGUAAGGACACUGUCAGAGCAGCUUUUUCAGAGGGACGAGGUGGUCCAGAAGCUGCAGAAGGAAAAGGAACAUCUGGUGGAGCUCAGCCAGCAGGCCAUUGAGGAUCUGCAGAGUGAAGAGGAGAAAGUCAACCUGCUGACAAAAGAGAAAACCAAGUUGCAGAUGCACACUGAAGAUUUGGAGUACCAGCUGGAACAGGAGCGCCAUCAGUGUGCUGAGCUAGAGAAGAGCAGGAGGAGGCUGGAGGGUGACAGCAGAUCUUCGCAGGACAGUCUGGGAGAGAUGGAGAAGAUGAGGAAUGGUCUGGAAGACCUCAUUAAAAGGAAGGAGCUGGAGAUCAGCAGUACCAGCUCCAAACUAGAAGAAGAGGAGGCACUCAACUUUGGACUGCAGAGGAAGACCAAGGAGCUACAGGCUCGCAUUGAAGAGCUGGAGGAGGAGCUGGAAGCAGAGCGGACCAUAAGAGCCAAGGUGGAGAAGCAGAGAGCUGAUCUCACCAGAGAACUGGAUGAUCUCACAGAUCGCCUUGAAGAAGCAGGAGGAGUCACCGCCUCACAGAUGGAGGUGAACAAGAAGCGAGAUGCAGAGCUGCAGCGCCUGAGACGAGACUUGGAGGAGUCCUCUGCCCAGUCUGAAGCUCUAGCUGCGUCUCUGAGGAAGCGGCACAGCGACGCCGUCACAGAGCUCACAGAGCAGUGUGAAGCUCUGCAGAGGACCAGAGCCAAACUGGAAAAGGAGAAGCAGAACCUGAGGAUGGAGGUGGAUGACCUGGCUGCUUCACUGGACAGUUUACAGAAGGCCAAGGCAUCCUCUGACAGCCAGAUGAAGAAGCUGGAGGAGCAGCUGUGUGAGGCCAACAGAAGAGGAGACGACCUGCAGAGGACGCUCACUGAGCUCAGCGUGGCAAAGAACAGACUCACAGCUGAUAAUGCCGACGUGAGUCGACAGAUGGAGGAGGCAGAGACCAGAGUGAGCCAGCUGACCCGAUCCAAGACUCUCCUCCAGUUACAAGCGGAAGAGCUGAAGAAACAGCUUGAUGAGGAGGUCAAGUGUAAGCAGGGGGUCAGCAGCACUCUGAGCUCAGUGCGGCAGGAGUGCGAGGUGCUGAGGGAGCAGCUGGAGGAGGAGCAGGAGAGCAAGCAGGAGAUGCAGCGGCUCGUCUCCAAACUCAACAGUGAAGUGACGCACUGGAGGACCAAGCACGAAGCCGACGCCAUCCAGCACGCAGACGAGCUAGAGGAGACCAAGAAGAAGCUGGCAAGCAGGCUUCAGGAGGCUGAGGAGGCCGUGGAGGCCACCCAGGCAAAAUGUUCCUCACUGGAGAAAACAAAGCAGAGGCUGCAGGGAGAGGUGGAGGAGCUCUGUAUGGACCUGGAGAAGGCCAGCAGCUGCGGGCAGGCUCUGGAUAAGAAGCAGAGGGUCCUGGAAAAGCAGCUUGGAGACUGGAAACAGAAGUGUGAGGAGCUGGUGGCCGAAGUGGAGGGCUGCCAGAAGGAGAGCAGGCAACACGCCAGCGAGCUCUUUAAACUCAAGACUGCUCAUGAAGAGACUCUGGAGCAGCUAGAGGCUCUGCGCAGGGAGAACAAGGCCUACCAGGAGGAGGUAGCAGACCUGACAGAGCAGCUGUCCGAUGGAGGCAAGAGCGUGCAUGAGCUCCAGAAAGCAAAAAAGAAAAUUGAGAUGGAGAAAGAAGAGCUCCAGGCCUCGCUGGAGGAAUCUGAGGCCGCACUGGAGGCUGAGGAGACCAAAGUGCUGAGGCUGCAGCUCGAGUUGUCUCAGGCGAAAGCAGACCUGGAGCGUCGACUACAGGAGAAGGAGGAAGAGGCGGAGGCUGCGAGAAAAAGCCACCAGAGGGCGUUAGAAUCCCUGCAGGCCAGUCUGGAUGUAGAGGUGAAAGGGAAAACGGAGGCACUGAAACUGAAGAAGAAACUGGAGGCUGACAUCAAUGAGCUGGAACUGCAGGUGGACCUACUCACCAAGAGCAACACAGAGCUCAGCAAGAACAGCAAGAAGAUGCAGCAGCAGAUCAAGGAGCUGCAGGCUCAGCUGGAGGAGGAAGUGAGGAGCCACGAGGAGUGCAGGGAGGAGCAGGCGGCCAUGGAACGACGCUGCUCUCUGCUGGUCAGCGAGGGUGAGGAGACCCACGCGGCCCUGGAGAGCGCCGAGAGGGCCCGAAAGGCUCUGGAGAUAGAGCUGCAGGAGGCUGGGGAGAAAUACAGCGACCUCAACAACCAGUUCCAGGCGGCUCUCAGCGGGAGGAGGAAGCUGGAGGUCGAUCUCCAGACUCUGCAGCAGGAGCACGAGGAGCUCCAGGCCGAGAUGAGAGGAUCCACAGACAAAGCUAAGAAGGCCACCUGUGAGCUUGCACGAGUUGGGGAGGAGCUGCGUCUAGAGCAGGAGCACACGCUCCACCUGGAGAGAGUGAAGAAAGGACUGGAAGCCCAGAUCAAAGAGAUGAGCAGCAGACUGGAGGAAGCUGAGCAGAUGGCUCUGAAAGGAGGAAAGAAGAUAAUCCAGAAGCUGGAGGGAAAGGUGAAGGAGCUGGAGCUGGAGCUGGACUCUGAACAAAAACGGCACGCUGAGACAGUGAAGACGCUGCGGAAGAACGAGCGUCGGCUGAAGGAACUGCUGUUCCAGUCGGAGGAGGACCAGAAGAACCAGCAGAGGAUGCAGGAGCUGGUGGAGAGGCUGCAAAACAAGAUGAAGGCCUACAAGAGACAAGUAGAGGAGGCCGAGGAACAAGCUAACAUGAACCUGGCAAAGUACAGGAAGACCGUCCACGAGCUGGAUGAUGCCGAAGAGAGGGCGGACAUUGCUGAAUCAGCGCUCACCAAGAUUAGGACCAAGAACAGAGGAAGCUUCGGCAAGGGAUACUCCUCCGGUUACAGCACUCCGUACCCAGGCCGAGUCCGGUCACCCAGUUCAGUGGGCUCGGAAGGCGGAGGAGAGAAGAUCCUCAACGAUGACGAGGAGUCAGUCAGCUCCCUUAUCCCAGCCUAUCUCAACUCCCUCAAGAAGCUCAUGAUUGAUUAGGAGCAUGGCUUCAAUUUCACCAUCAUCCCCCAGAAGUGAAGCAUGGUACAGUAUGAAGUUUGAAACAUCCAAAAGGUUCCAUGGGUGGAACCUGACUUUUUUUGUGUAUGCUGUACAUUCCUGUUGAGUUUUCUACAAUGUACUUGUGGCUUCCUCUCUGAGUAUAAGGUCAUAGCCCUGACACAUUCCAGCUUUAUAUCCCCUUUUUAUCCAUUUAUACUGUAACAUUUGUAUGUAAAAACUAAUAAAUGUAUUUCUAAGUGUUCCAAAUUUGCCCGUAAGUAAAACUUUAUUGUGAUGUGCAUAUAUGUCUUUUAUUAGGCAAUCAGUUAAUUCAGCAAAUCUGCCAUUAAAUAUCUAAAGAACAAUCCUCAGGCUGAUUCUCAGUCUGGAACACACCAUUUUAUAUGAGAUAUUGUAUUUGUUUAAUACAUAAAAAGCCAGACAAGACAAAGCAUCAAUGGUUACAAAAUAAAGCUGGCACCCAGAAACUGCAAUUCCUCUAAUGGCCACAUGAGGCUGUUCAAAAAGCAAGUCAAUCCACUACAGACUUCCAAAUCAAAAUGUGCAACUUUACUGUACUGACAUAUAUACAGCCUAGUACAAACAACAGUGUUAAAGCCUAGUUUCUCCCAUCAUUACAUCUGUAUCUUUGAUCGAAAACUGUUUGCAACAAUAUUCACGGAAUUAACUGACUAAUGGGUGGUUGAGGCUAUUCCAGACAUUUGUGCUUUAGCAGAUAUACUUCUCUUUCUGUUAACAUGCAGAGUUUAUGGAUCCAGCUUGCUAAUCGAGCCUGCUAGCAUUAGUACUUACACUUCCUGAUUUCUUAGAUUUUCACAUAUUUGUCACACACUCAUGUUUCAGAUCAAACACACGUGGACAAAAGUAACUGAAGUAAACAGAAAAUACAGUUUUUACAUGUUGAUUUCAUUUAUUAAAGGAAAAAAGUAACCAAAAGCACCGGGGGCUAUGUGAAAAAGUAACUGCCCCUCAAACCUAGUAACUGGUUUGAGGGGCAGUUACUUGGGAUGGAGCGUUUUUCACACAUUUCCAGGAAGGUCGGGAUAGCUUCGUUCCUCUAGAUAAAUAAGCUCAUCAUUUAAAAACUGCAUUUUGUAUUUAUUCAGUCUCUCUUUUUCCACUACUGCAAUUUGUUUGAUGAUCUGAAACAUGUAAGUGUGAUCAUCAGGAAUCAGGAAACUACUUUUUGUAGUCAAGAUUUCCUACAUUUAAGCAAAUCCGUGACAACCUCUAAGAUAAAUAAGGUUCAAACUGGCUGCAAUAUUUAUUAAAUCAUACAUGCAAGAGGCUAUAGGGAAGUUUUUGAGUCCGUACAUAAGUGGUGACCUAAAUAUAAAACACUUUUUUUCAUGAUUAACUUUUGCCUUAUAAAUGACUUCAGUCACUAUCAUAAAGUGUUGCUGGGGUGCUGUCAGCACAUGGAGUAGUUUAGGCCAUUAAUGUCAGUCUAUUUUCAUAUUUCAAAUGUAUCUCUGUCUGAACUUUUCACUGCCGAAACCUGUAACAAGACCUGACCAAAUAUGCUUUUGAAUGUGAAAAUGUGUUUUUUAAGGAAAUAAAAGACCUUUUUCCCCAUUAA